CCUUUUGGGCUGAGAUCCUCUGCGGUCGAAUAAUUCGACAAUGGAGAACCCCAGCGAAGACGAUCCAAUCCCGGACCAUAAGCUCUGCGGUUACCUCCGGACAGUUGUCACAAUUCCUCCUCCUCAGAAUUCCCAAACCCUACCUCCUCUCAACGCCCGAUGUCACAUUUCCGUUGACGGUCCCGACGGCGUCCACUUUGUAUCCAACAACGGCGUCGUCUUGUCUCCGGUCAGCAGUUCACUCGCAUUGGCGGAAAACGGCGAAACCUCGAACGGUAGGACGCCCGCUGGUUCGAAGAAAAAAUGGAGCAGGAGAAUUGGGAUGGUUCGUGGGAGCCUAAGCGUGGUGCAUCAGCUACAUGCGCUGGUAAUGAAGAAGUGUUUGACCAUUGCUGCGCGUGUAAUUGGGGUUUCGAUGCGUGGGGAUGAAGUGAGGGUUGUGCUUCUGGUGGAUGUCUAUUUGCCCAUUGCAUUAUGGUCUGGUUGGCAGUUCCCUAGGUCCGCCACCACCGCGGCUGCGCUUUUUAAGCACCUGAGUUGUGACUGGAAAACUAGACUUUUGAUGCUUGCAAGUUCCAGGCAUGAUUUGGCAGAUGAUUGUGGAACUUGGAACCUUCCUGAUUGUCAUGUUCUUGAAUGCAAACAGCAGUGUAGUGUUGCAGAAGCUUCUAAGAGGAAGUUGUUUGAACUUCAUGAAAUAUUUAGGAGCUUGCCAAGUGUUAUGAAGGGGGGAAACCCAAACUUUUCAAAAGUAAAUCCAGCUAACACUGCUUCUGAAACUGGUAUUUGGCUGGUACCAGAUGAUAUUUUGAUCAAAAUUCUAACUGCACUUCGGCCUAUUGACCUUGUGAGGGUAGCUGCAACAUGUCUUCAUUUAAGGUCUUUGGCAGCACCAAUCAUGCCAUGUAUGAAACUGAAACUUUUUCCUCAUCAGCAGGCAGCUGUUGAGUGGAUGCUACAGAGGGAGCGGCAUUCUGAAGUCUUGCAACAUCCUCUGUACUUGAACUUUACAACGCAAGAUGGGUUUCCCUUUUAUGUUAAUACUGUUUCUGGGAAAAUAGUGACUGGUAUGGUUCCUGCCAUUAAGGAUUUCCGUGGGGGUAUGUUUUGUGAUGAACCUGGCUUGGGUAAGACUAUUACUGCUCUGUCUCUCAUUCUGAAAACACAGGGAAGUAUUGCAGAUCCACCAGAUGGUGUACAAGUAAUCUGGUGUGAUGACAAUUCUGAUCAGAAACGUGGUUACUAUGAGAUUAAGGAUCAAAGUACUGGCAGUAAUACAGUGUCAUUGAAUAAUAGAGUUACUGGUCAUAAUCCUAGAAGGGGACAGUUUUGCCAAGAUGACCUUACUCCAACAAAGAACUCAAAAAUGUGCCCUCUAAAAGAUGGCAUUGUUGUGCUUUCAGAUCAACAAGUGGAUCUUAAGGGUUCAUGUCCUGAGAAAGGAAUUGUAUCACAAAAAGUAACAUCUGGUUCCCUAAGAACAAGAACAUGUUCCGUUCAUGCUGCCAGGAGCUGUGGUAAGACCAGGAGAAAUCUUCUUAAUGAGUAUGAAGAAGCUUCUGUCUUUCCUACUGAAACAGUGACUAGGAACUCUGCAACCAAAAGAAAGCAGGCUCCAGAUGAUCCUAGGAAAAGUUCUCUGGAGCACAGUGCUUUCUCAGAUCUAUCAUCAUGUAAGGGAAAGAGACCUAAAAUGAUGUAUGCAGAUCACUUUCAGUUUAAUGAAACAUGGGUCCAGUGUGAUGGUUGUGGAAAGUGGCGGAAGCUUUUGGAUGCAAGUGCAGCAGAUACAUCCAGAGCUUGGUUUUGUAGUAUGAACAGCGAUCCUUUAUACCAAAAUUGUGGUGUUCCUGAAGAAACCUGGAACUACGAGUCCAUCACUUAUUUACCUGGAUUUUGUACCAAAGGAACUCCUGGGGGUCUGAAAGAAAAUGUAUCAUUUUUUACUAGUGUACUGAGGGAACACCAUGAGCUACUAAACUAUAGAACAAAGAAGGUCUUAACUUGGUUGGCUAAACUUCCACCGGAGAAGCUCUCAGAAAUGGAAACUGGUGGGUUGGCACAUCCAGUUGCAGAACUUUGUAUAACUGAUGAUGGUAACUACCAAGAGUAUCACCAUAUUUUUCAAGCAUUCGGGCUCGUUAAGAGCAUAGAAAAACAUGUAACAAGGUGGUAUUACCCAAGAAAUCUUGCGAAUCUUGUUUUUGAUUUGGAUGCCCUUCGAGUUGCUCUUUGUGAGCCAUUAGGUUCAUUGAGGAUUUAUGUGUCGCGGGCAACAUUAAUUGUUGUCCCUUCUAAUCUGGUUGAUCAUUGGAAAACUCAGAUUGAAGAGCAUGUUAGACCAGGUCAGUUGAGGGUAUAUGCUUGGACUGAUCACAAAAAGCCCUCACCGCAUUAUCUUGCUUGGGAUUUUGAUGUUGUCAUAACGACUUUCAGUCGUCUAAGCACUGAGUGGAGCCGGAGAAAAAGAAGUGCUUUGAUGCAAGUCCAUUGGCUACGGGUGAUAUUGGAUGAAGGGCACACUCUUGGCUCCAGUCUCAGUUUGACAAACAAAUUGCAAAUGGCUGUUUUCCUGAGAGCUUCAAGCCGCUGGUUGUUAACAGGAACGCCAACUCCCAACACUCCUAAUAGUCAGCUUUCUCAUCUUAAACCAAUGCUUAAGUUUCUCCAUGAAGAAGCUUAUGGCCUAAAUCAAAAGUCUUGGGAAGAUGGUAUUCUCAGGCCAUUCGAGGCUGAGAUGGAAGAUGGUAGGAUGCGAUUACUACAGCUACUUCAUAGGUGCAUGAUUAGUGCAAGAAAAAUUGACUUGAAGACCAUUCCUCCUUGCAUCAAGAAAGUAACAUUUUUAGAUUUCAAUGAUGAACAUGCAAGAAGUUACAAUGAAUUAGUUGAAACAGUAAGGCGAAAUAUAUUAUUGGCAGACUGGAAUGAUCCUUCUCAUGUGGAGAGUCUACUGAAUCCAAAGCAAUGGAAAUUCCGAAGUGUUACUAUCAGGAAUUUGAGGUUAUCAUGCUGUGUGGCUGGACACAUCAGAGUGACCGAUGCUGGCCAAGACAUCCAGGAAACCAUGGAUGUUUUAAAAGAGAAUGGUCUAGAUCCUGUUUCAGAGGAAUUUGAUUUACUAAAAUCUAACCUUCUUCAUGGUGGUAAUUGCAUGAGGUGCAAGGAAUGGUGUCGGUUGCCAGUCAUUACACCUUGUAGGCAUCUUUUAUGCCUUGAUUGUGUUGCUUUGGACAGUGAAAGGUGUACAUUGUCUGGCUGUGGCAACUUAUAUGAGAUGCAGAGCCCUGAAACACUGGCUCGUCCUGAAAAUCCUAAUCCAAUGUGGCCAGUUCCAAAAGAUCUCAUAGAGUUGCAGCCAUCAUACAAACAGGAUGACUGGCAUCCUGAUUGGCAGUUAACAUCUAGCAGCAAAGUUUCUUAUCUUGUGAGUAGGUUAAAAAUGUUGCUCCAAGCUAAUCAAGCAAUUGAUAAUUCCAAUGAUGAGAAAGGAGUGCAUUUACAUUUCUCCCCUCGGAGGUGUAGUCAGCAGGAUGUCUUGGAACUUAAGGGCCAAUUAACCAGGACAAUCCCAGAGAAAGUUAUUGUAUUUUCUCAGUUUCUUGAGCAUAUACAUGUCAUAGAACAGCAGUUAACAAUUGCAGGUAUUCAAUUUGCUGGAAUGUAUAAUCCGAUGCCUUCUGCUAGCAAGAUGAAAUCUCUGGCAACCUUCCAGAAUGAUGCAAAUUGUGUGGCUCUUCUGAUGGAUGGAAGUGCAGCAUUAGGUCUUGAUUUGAGUUUUGUAACACAUGUCUAUCUGAUGGAACCGAUUUGGGACAAAAGUGUGGAGGAACAGGUUAUCAGUCGUGCUCACCGGAUGGGUGCAACGCGUCCUAUAUAUGUCGAAACUUUAGCUAUGAAUGGUACAAUUGAAGAGCAGAUGUUGAACUUCUUACAGGAUGCUGAUGAAUGCAAAAGAUUGUUGAAAGAAGAGUUUGGCAAACAUGAUGGUGGAGGGGCACGAGUUUAUCGCACAUUACAUGAUUUUGCUGAAAACAAUUAUUUAGCUCAACUUAACUUUGUUCGCAGGAAUUCAAGGACGUAAAGCAAGGGAUUUUUUCUCAUACAUUUGAACGUCCUGAUUGUAUCUUCUUGGUCGAGCAAUGGACAGUUGCUGUGUUGAGGCAUUCACUUACUAGAAUUAAGGGCACUCCGAGUAUUACAGAUAAUGGUGGAUAGAUGGAUUUUUCUGUCUGUUUCAGUUACUAGUUGGAAUGUAUUCAGGUGAAUUUGCCCAUAAAUAGGAUAACUAUUAUGUUUUGUCUGGUUUGUGGUGUCUAAAGGUAUUUGUGUAACUCAAACUAAUGCCAAAGUCCUUGUGUCGCAUUACAGCUUAGGGCAAUAAGAAUUUGAAAUUAGUUUAUUUA